UGAGCUUUGGCUUACUCUUUGUUUUGUAACAGUUUUGAAUUAACGUGCGGAAGAUAGUGAUUAGAAUUAUCUCUUGAAAUUUUUUAUUAACGUAGUUAUAUAAAAACAUCAUCUUUGUGAUAAAUUGAUUUAGUUCACGGUUAUCUGUCGCGUGCUUCGUUCCAGUAUUACCUACGUAGUUUAAAAAUGAGUACUUUUCGAUCAGUUCGACGUUAACAUUUUUGUAUAAUAUUUUACCUUAUUUUACUACAAAAGCUGAAAUGCCACACGCGAAACCUGAUAUCCCUUUGGGGAUACGCUGUAUUCAAAAACUAGUUCCCAAUGUUGUGAUUACCAGUAGUAAAAAUGUUGGAUCUCGAGCAUUAAUAUUAUUUUUGACCUAUAUCAUAUACACAAGUUACCAUGCGUCGCGGAAACCUUUGAGCGUCGUCAAAAGCCAACUUCACAGAAACUGUUCGGGUUUAAACCCGCCUGGGCCUAUGCCGAAUGACACAAACUGGUGCGACUGGGCGCCAUUCAAUGGCGAAGAUUCGAAUUCACUGUUUGGGCUGUUGGAUUCGGCGUUCUUGUUUUCAUACGCUUUCGCCAUGUUUUUCAGCGGUUUUGUGGCGGAAAGAAGUAAUUUAAGGUAUUUUCUAAGCGGCGGUGUAUUGCUAUCCGGAAUAGCUUGCUAUUUAUUAGGAGUUAGCAGAGAAUACGAUAUUCAUAACAUUUGGUAUUUUGUAAUUGUUCAAAUUUUCGGCGGAAUAUUCCAAACCACUGGAUGGCCCGGUGUGGUGGCUGUGAUGGGUAAUUGGUUCGGCGAAGGCAAAACUGGAUUCAUUUUUGGUGUCUGGAAUUCGCAUACAUCUGUUGGUAACAUUUUGGGUACCCUGAUUGCCGGCCAUUAUGUCGAAUCAAAUUGGGGAUAUUCGUUUAUAACUUUGGCGUACGUGAUGAUUGGAUUAUCUGUGAUUGUAUUUUUGUUCCUGUUACCAGAACCUUCUCAACCGCGUACAAAUGGAAGAUUUACUUCUUACGAAUUUCAGGCAGUCAAUACAGAAACCGACGACCAUUCCGGCACCACUGGAUCAGAAGAUACCGAUGAUAAAGCCAGGGUCGAACAAAGGCCUAUUCUGACGCAUAAUGUUAAUGUUGGACAAGCAAAGCCUAUUGGAUUCUUUGACGCCGUAUGUGUUCCUGGUGUAAUCGAGUUUUCCUUAUGUUUAUUUUUCGCCAAACUAGUGAGCUAUACUUUCUUAUACUGGUUGCCAUUCUACAUUAACAAUACGACCAAGUGGAAUGUCGAAAUGAGUGCCACAUUAUCAACGUUAUUCGAUGUCGGAGGUAUAUUCGGAGGUAUAUUUGCUGGUUUGGUCAGCGAUGCGACUGGACUACAGGCUUGCACUUGUGCCAUCAUGAUAAUAUGCUCAAUUCCAUCGCUUUACAUGUAUUCUUUAUUUGGAGAUCAAUCGGAAGCUCUUAGCAUUAUAUUAUUGCUUGUAACCGGAGCGUUAGUGAAUGGGCCUUAUGCAUUGAUUACGACGGCUGUGUCUGCGAGAUUAGGAGUUGACCCGUCUCUGGCCGAGAAUUCUAAAGCCAUAUCGACAGUCACAGCCAUCAUUGAUGGAAUGGGCUCAAUCGGAGCGGCUGUUGGACCUCUAUUGACUGGUUUUGUAUCGACGUAUGGAAGUUGGGAUGAGGUAUUUAUUAUGUUAAUGGUUGCCGAUUUCUUCGCCUUAUUGACUCUGAGUCGUUUGCUGAAAAACGAAGUAAAUAAAUUUUCGAGAUCACGCGUACACGGAUGGAGCAGUUAAUUCAUUGGUGAAUGAUGAUGUUAUUUUUAUCCCUUGAACUGGAAACGAUUGAGUUUACCGUUAGGUGAACGAAUGUCAUUAUAAUGUUGCUCAUUUUUAACACGAGCCCGUGUUUCAUUUGUAAUUUUGUUUUUUUUUGAUACUUGUGCCUUUUUAUGAUUGCAUUUCGUCUCUAGAUGCUGGAAUACCAAUAAGAGAUAAUGAGAAAAUUAAGGACUGAAUGUUAUUUAUUAUUACAACGAUGUUAAUUUUUAUUAUUCUUUUCAUCUAUCGUCUUUCGUUGUUUUGUUAUGUUGUACUUUUUAAUAAAAUAUUUUUCUUCCUUUUUGUGA